GCAACUUGUGCGCCUCUUGUUUUUCUGCGGUAGCCUCGAUCAUGCAGGUGUUGACCAGACGCAAAUUCACUACGCAACAAGCGCUGCUUCAGCUGGGCAUCAGCGGCGUUCGGUCCUGAGGAAACAUUUAACGACAUCAGUGAGACUCUGUCGGUAAAAUCUCAUCCUAACGAAAGAAGGUGCCAGGGAGGACCAUUCGACUGAUUCUGCAAAGGCGAGCGCAGUGCAAGAUAAUGUUCAGGUGCUGAGCUUUUCUGCACAGUAGCGGGCAAUGUCAAACGUCAACGUCUGGAGAUGGAAAACAAUGUAGGCUAAUAGGCGAGCGGUACCCACUUCAUCAUCUCCAUCUGGAAAAAUAAGACUUUCAUUUGUGCAGCGUUCGGUCAUUUAAAUCCCCGCCAUGCCGCAAGUGUUUGGGUUGUUUUCACCACUGACCAUGUGAUAAAGCUCCGAACGCGGCGCCAGCGCGCUGAUGACGGUCUUCUCUGGUGAUGCUCAGAUGUGGGAGCAUUACACUAACUGAGGGAAUCCAUCUGGUAGUGACCACUGAAGACGUUGACGUGGACACAACAUCUGUUAGAUUUGAGUGUGUGUGCAAGUUAUUUCAUUAACGGUUAAACAGUAGCCUAAGUCGUGUCGAGACGAAUUUUACACGAAGCCUUUACCAUGGAUGAAGGUAAUGCCAACGACUCAGUCCCAGAUUUGAAAGACCUGGAGGUAAAGAUCGGGAGAAAGACCCCCGAGGGUCUCCUACAGUGGAUGCGGGAAGAAUCUGCGCAUCGUGGGGAGUCCAAGUCAAGUGUCCCGGAGUGUAUAAAUCGAGACCCUGCCAGGAAAAGCCUCGACGACAAGAUAAGGAAAUUGAAAGUAGACAUGGCUCACCUGCGCUCGGUGGACGUGCGUAUCCUGCAGCAGCUGCUGGCGGUGCACGAGGGCAUCGAGGCGGUCAAGUGGCUGCUGGAGGAGCGCAGCACGCUGACCAGUCGCUGCAGCAGCCUGACCAGCAGCCAGUACAGCCUGGCGGACGGCCCCGAGGCACCCAGCUCCUGGCGGGGCAGCUGGGGCAGCCUGCACGACCCUCACGACCGCCUGGACAACAUCUCCAUCGGCAGCUACCUGGACACGCUGGCCGACGACAUGGACGAGUACGGCUGCGCGUCCAGCUCCGAGUCUGUGCUGUGCUCCUCCUCCGCGGCCCUAGGGGGCUCCACUGCUGAGACCACGGGGUCAGCGAGCGGCUCUCCCGUGGUGAAGCAGCCGGAGGCGCCCAAGGAGGACGUGUGGACCAGGAACCCAGACGCCAGCCGAGCGGGGGCCUCCUCCUCGUCCUGCUCGUCGUUCUCCGCGGGCGGCAGGGAAAAGCCACCGGGCCUGGACCGCACGCUGUCCCCCAAGGCCAACGGCGUGUGCGAGUCGGCGCGGGCCUGCCUGGCCGAGAAGCUGGGCAAGUCCCAGAGCCCCAAGAAGGCCAAGCCGUACCAGAACGGCCGCGUGGAGAUGGACAGCUGCAAGGCCAACAGCCGGGUGCCCCUGGAGUACGAUGCCCACUGGCGCUGGGUGCAGUCGCAGGACGAUGUCACCUUCCUGUGACCUUGCUGUGACCUUCCUGUGACCUUGGGGCCCUACUGACACCUGAUACGCCGGCACAGAUGCACUGACCGUUUUAUAUGGAGAAAGGUCAAAGGUCAAACCAGACUGGCUGGGGAGGGGGGUGGGGGGGUUUCAGCGGAGCAUGCUCAGGUGUGAGUUUUGACCUGCCGAGGACCUGUGUGUGCUAAAGGUGUUGAGGUGGACAUGCGGGAGGGAGAGGCACGUGGCGGUGUUUUGUUUUGUGAUGUUCCCAAGUCCUAUUCGGGUGUUUACAUCUGUGUGCCUGCAUGCUUGGUGUCAUUUAGCAGAGUGUGGAAUAAGCCCGGUGCCAACCGCACGGCACAGCCUCCACGAUAUCAGUCAGUGUCAAAAAAACUUAAAUCAGUGAUGAGUUGAAAUCGAUAAAUGAAGUCCUGAUUCUAUGCAUUGUCUCUCUCCUCUGUAAAAUCAGAAAUCUCUUAACUUAACUAGUUACUUACUCCAGAGUUUCUGUGUAGAACUCUUAUUGCAGUAGGGUCUGUGAAGAUAUCUUACUCCUAAGUCAUCUGUAUAGGCCAGUGUUUUUCAACCACUGUGCCGCGGCACACUAGUGUGCCGUGACACAUGUUAGGUGUGCCGUGAGAAAUGAUCCAAUUUCACCUAAUUGGUCUAAAAAAGAGUGAAUAGAAAGAAUUUUCUUUGUGUUCAUUUGAUUCCUAUUCAAGACAUUUUGACAAGAAUGACUUGAUAUCGAAUUUUGACAAGAAUGACUUGAUAUCGAAGAAAUUUCAUUUUAUUUAAAAUUUUCGGCUGGUGGUGUGCCUCAGGAUUUUUUCAAUGAAAAAAGUGUGCCUUGGCUCAAAAAGGUUGAAAAACACUGGUAUAGGCCACUGAGGAAGCCUUUGGGUAGGUCACAUAGUGUAUCACAUGGUUAGAGAGUGGACCAAAGUCUUUUGCUUAAACAAUCCCUUAUGUUCAAAAUAACGACUAAAUAUUUUUGUAGUCAAACAGUUUCUAGAAGAGUAUGAAACUACAGUUAUCAAAGCAGCAGUGUCUAGAAGAGUAUGAAGCUACAGUUAUCAAAGCAGCAGUUUCUAGAGGAGUAUGAAACUACAGUUAUCAAAGCACUGUCUGUAAAACAGCAGCCUCAUCUGUGAACAGGCUUGCUGCUUGGCUAACCUCUGUCGCUGUGAGUGUGUGUGUGCGCGCGCAUGUGCGUGCGUAUCUGUGUGUGUGUGUGUGUGUGUGUGUGUGUGUGUGUGUGUGUGAGAGAGAGAGAGAGUCUGUGGCACUGUCUUUCUCUCAGUGGAGCCUACUUAUGAUUAUGCACUUAGGAUAUGUGUGGCUGCUCAUGUUUGUAGUAUGACCAACUCAACAGAUAUGUGUACACAAUCUAUGGCAAUACCUACAUUGUGAAUCAGGUAUGUUUGUGUGCGUGUGCGUAUGUGUGUGAGCAUUUGUGUGUGUUGUGGUGUCCAAACAUAGCCAGUGUUAAAGAACUGCAUGAUUGUGUGCACAAAUUCAGCUGAAAUACUAGAGUCAGCACAGUAAUGUAUUAUACCCACUGUGACUGGCCAGUGUAUUCAUAAAUAAAACGUCAACAACAACAACAAAAUGUGUGUCCCCACAGAUGUGCUUUAAUCCUGUAGG